UCAUCAUCAUCAUCAUUAGGUUCAUGUUCGAGGCUCCGACCAAAACCAACCAACCUUCACCUUCAUCUUCCUCCUCUUUUUUAAAACCGCAAUGAAGGAAUUUAGUCGUUUGUUCUGCUGAAAAUCAGUGAAGCUGCUGCUGCUGCUGCACGCGCACACACACACACACGCACGCACGCACGUGCACAGAGAGAGAGGCACAGAUGAAGAUGAAGGCUCGGCUCACUUUUCCUUGAGAAGUCCACAGAAGAAGAUCAGAGUCCUGCAGCAACAUCUGCCACAAAAGAAGAAGAAGUAGAAGAACUAGAAGAAGAAGAAGAAGAAGAUUCAAACCAAAGAGACAGAAAAAAUAAGAAGAAAUAGAAAAAAACCCAUUUAUUUCUGCUUCUUUUCCCUCACACUCGGACAUAAAUGGAUAAUAACGCGGCGAAUUCGGAGAAAUCGCAGCUGAUCCACGAGAAGAACGCAAAGAUGUAUUCUCUGAAACUGCAAAGCUCAUUUCCAGACUCCAAAGAGUCGUAUCCCGACUUCCCGUUUAAGAACGGCGGCGUGGCCGGUGCCAUCGAGCUGAAGCGUCCCGUGGGCGUCCACUGUCACGGCACCAGGGCGCUGGCGUGCGACGACAGCGCGGACAAGCUGCUCGCCAGGAAGAAACUCUACAUCGCCUCGGCCGUCUGCCUCGUCUUCAUGAUCGGCGAGGUCAUAGGAGGUUACCUGGCUCACAGCCUGGCCAUCAUGACGGACGCCGCUCACCUGCUGACAGAUUUCGGCAGCAUGAUGGUGAGCCUGUUCUCCCUGUGGAUCUCGUCCAGACCGCCCACCAAAACCAUGAACUUUGGUUGGCACAGAUCAGAAAUCCUUGGGGCGUUCAUCUCCGUCAUAUCCAUCUGGAUCGUCACGGGGGCUCUGGUCUAUCUGGCCGUCGAAAGGAUCAUAUGUAACGACUACGAGAUCGAAGGCGGCGUUAUGUUAGCCACCUCCGGCUGUGCCGUCAUCGUGAAUAUUAUCAUGGCGUACGUCCUCCAUCACUCGACCAUGCUCCACACUCACGGCAGCGGCUACCAGCACAUCGACGAGGACGGCCAGAGUCCCAUUGCCCACAGCCACGGCCACGCGGCCCUCGGCGGUGGCCACGGCAACGCGAGCAUCCGCGCCGCCUUCAUCCACGUGGUCGGCGACCUGCUGCAGAGCGUCGGCGUCAUGGUGGCGGCGACCAUCAUCUACUUUCGGCCGGAGUACAAAGUAGCAGAUCCCAUCUGUACGUUCCUGUUUUCUGUCUUUGUCCUCUGCACCACCGUCACCAUCCUCAGAGACGUCUUCAGGAUACUCAUGGAAGGUUCUCCCAGAGGGAUCGAGUUUAACUCGGUGAAGGAGGUGCUGCUCUCUGUGAAAGCUGUCAAGUCCAUGCACUGUCUGCACCUCUGGGCUCUGACUCUGGGACAAGCUCUGGUCUCUGUUCACCUUGCCGUAGAAGAGGGCGCCGAUCCUCAGUCUGUGCUGCAGGAGGCCACCGAUCUGCUCCACACCAAGUUUGGUUUCCACAGCAUCACCAUUCAGGUGGAGCUUUACUCUGAAGACAUGAGCUACUGCUCCCACUGCCAGGACCCCAGUGACUGAUACCGAUACUGGACUGAUACUGGACUGGACUGGACCUAACUGGACAUGGAACGGCUCAGGCACAUUCUCAUUCUCUGUGGUUUGACUGCACCGGUGAGAUCUGUGUCCACAGUACAGAAAAACAUAGAAAGAGCCUUUGGUUGAGUGUUGUGUUCGCCAUUAAUGUCACAAGGAAUCAGACCACAAAAAUCAUCCAUGUUUGGUUGUCAGUCAUUAAUGCUUGUGCUACAUGCUAACAAGAAAGACACCCAGAAAAUCCUCCUUAAAAAGGAGACGCAAGGUGCUUCAGUCCUCAGUGUUUCAUUGGAGGAUUUAACAGUUAAUUGUAGGACAUUAAAUGGUACGAGAAAUCCACCUAAAGGCUAAAUGAAGUUGGAGACAUGAUUACCAAAAUGUUGCUCCUAUCCUAACAAAUAUGCAACACAUCCAUUAAACCUUUUCCAAUUCACAUUCUUCACAUCAUCUCGUUCACAUAAUCCUGUUACCAUAAUAUUUAUGAAAUUCACAGAGGGAAAAAAAGCAUGUACAACAGAAAACGUUCAAGAUUUCCAAGCUACAAUUUUCUUUAACUGUUUUACUGUAGCUCAUUAAAGAUCGAAAAAGAAAAGGAUACAAGAUUUGUUCACUUAAGUACAUUUGCGUAGAUGGUGACCAGGAAAAACAUCUUGCAAAUCUUUAAAGGUCUAGUAUGUAAGAAAUAGUGACAUCUACUGGUGAAAAUAGCAAGAAACGGAGGACUCACCUAAAUCAUUCCCAAGAGCAUCAGGGAGCUACAGUGGCCUUCACAUACCAAAAAGCAUGUACUCACUCUUUCGCAACUUUAACGAUGUCAUUUCCUCCGUUUUCUUCGCUAAUUUAUGCAUGUAAUUUUUGUGUGGGGGCGGAGCUUCUAUGGUGAGCUUCAGGCAGCCUCUGUAAACCAAGACUUUACCAUAACCAGGCCUAUUUUAAGGCCACAAAACCCCAAAAACGUAUGCAAACAUACUUAAGAGUCGUAGUAUCUUCGAUUUCCGCCAAUGAACCCUCCUUACUGUUACAUACUGGACCUUUAUUUUGAAAUAUGAAGGCCAAGUUUUAAAUUUAUGCAACUAUUUCAGAAGGACUUUAUUUUUGGUUGUGCCGUCUGUCCAAGUGCUGUUUGAAAAACACUGCCGGAUUUUCAGUAUUUCAUGUAAAUAACGGAAAACUGCCAGACACAGGAGCUCAUGAUGUUCUUAAUUACUCUCCAGCACCACCACUGCUACUUAAGAAAUAUGAUUCCUGAUACAGUAAAUUAGUACUCAGCACACUUUGCAAUGGUUUAAACAAACACUGUUGGUAUGAAGCACCUGACAGGGAAACAUGGAUGACUUUGACGUCUGUUGUUUCAAUGCUAAUGAUCAUCUACCAGGUUCUCACGCUAUGGUCCACACUCAUCUUAGCUUCAUUAGCCUGCUUUUAACCAAAGGCCCGUCACUAAGUUCUCCACUGGUACCAACUUAUUUUGAGUUUGAGUCGUUGAAAAGUUCUUUCAACCUUCUUUUCAACGUGAAGUCUUUGAAAAACACCUCACCAUCUUCUCCUCCGUCUUGUGUCCUCUUCUGUUACACUAACUGUCCUUAUGCUCUCCUUCACAACAUCCAUGAACCAUCUCUGUGGUCUUCCUCUCUUCCACCAUCUUCAACAUCCUUUGUCCAGUAUAAUCGCGAUCCUUCCUCUGCGCGUUACCAAACCAUCUAAAACUUUAUCUCCAAAAUUCAAGGGCCGAAUGUGCUGUCACGCCCAUGAUGGCGUCCACUUUUAUUGAUCUGGACAAGUGAUUGUCCUUGGGAUCUUGGUCAAGUCAGUCUUUGUAUCAUGUCAUUUGCUCUCCUGUUUACCUUUACUCGCUCAUUGCUCUGCACAUUACUGUUGGUUGUUGCCUUAAGAGACAUAACAUAUGGAGAAAAAAGUGAUUACAAAAUCACUAUGCACAAAGCAACUUCUCAGGCAAUCGUCACAGAAUUCGAUAUAAGAGAAGAUACUUUCCAUCUUAUGGAUUUGUAUGAAUUUUGGGGAGCCCUAAAGUCAAAAUGUCAACAAUCUGGGUUCAAAGACUUCCGGUCUGGAAUAUUCACGCUGGUCUUUAGCCUGGAUGAACUCUGACGAGUCUGCCAGUGAUUUGGUCAACUACAGACUCUCCAAAAAAACGAGCAGAGCAGUUACUCUUGGUAGGGUGGCCAUGCGACUUGUUCCACGGAGCUCCCCCAGGAAAAUGUCGUUAAAAAGUCACCAUUACUAGAUAGCCUUCGCAUGUUUUCUGAGUGUCCAUUCCCAGAGUUUCAACACUAAACUCUUGCCAAAUCGUUUCUAUUAUUGGGCGUAGUAUUGAUAUGAAGUGCGGAGGAGGAAAAUGAAGUGUCAGGCUGAAAAAGCGCCGAGUUACUCCUUCCAUCGAGCAGUCGUCCACAUCCAAGGGCAGGAGUGAUUUAGUCCCGUGGUCGUGCGAUUACUUCCACAUCCAUCUCAUCUAUCUGUCGUCUCUCCUGUAGCUUCUGUGUUAAAAAAACAUCUGUCUACUCUUUCUCUGCGAGCCAAACUUUCAUCUAUCCAUCAUCAGUCGCCUAUGCAUCCAUUUCAAGUCAUGAAGAUAACUGCUUUUUCCGGUUACUAUUAAGCCUUUUAAAUGAACCCCGCGCCCCCCGACACAAUAUGUCUUGAGUGUUUGUCAAAUAACUUUUCCCUCAGAAAUAUUGAUGAAUUACAAAAUCAGGUGUCAUAGAAAAUGAAUACCAAGUGUAAGAAUGAUGCUGUUCAGGUGCAAUUUCGAAUAUUGAAUUACUUGACAAUGUUUAAGCUUCUACAAUGCUACAAAUAUCGCAUAAAUAAAUACUUGAAUCAUGGCAGGUGUUUUCAUCGUAGCUGAAUCUGGUGAAUUUGAGUUAUUAUUUACUGGCCGUCAGCUGCUGGGAUGUAAAGUUUGAGGAUUAAGAUUCAUCCUGUGGGGAUGUUGAAUAUGGCCAGUCAUCACUUAUCUUACAGAUGUCCUCGUCGAUAGACAUGACUCUUUUGUGGAAUUGUGGACACUUUAAAGGAAAUGGUAGCUAUGUUGUUGGCAAAACUGAGAAUUUGUCCCGAGUGGCACUGAACAACAAGAAAGUAAAGGAAGGUGGUUCAACAUCGGAGGAGUUGGAUUAUGCUUUAACUUAAAUAGAGUACUGUCUUCUGGAAUGUAUUUGGAUGAAUUGGCUGUACUGGAAAUUGUUAAUGGUACUAAUGCAACAAUCAUGGAGUGAUCAGGAUCAUAAGGAGUCAUCCUCUGGGGACCAUGAAUACAGGAAGUUACCUGGUCAUCAUUUGUCUUUGCAUGUGUACGCGACUGAUAUCCUCGUUGAUACACAUGGCUAUUUUUUGGUUACAAUGUACUUGUGGACGUUUUAGGGUAACAAUCCAUCCUCUGGUGACAAAGACUAAACAUCAAUGUUAAACAGCAAUCGCGGUCCAUAUCUACUGUAUAUCGUCAUCAAAACAGAUCAUUUGGCCAUCAUUUAGUGUGGAACUAGAGGAAAGGAUUCAGGAAAAGUCUGUGGGUGGUGUAUCUUCUGGGGAGCCGGAAUAAGCUUCAAUUUUAAAGAGAACUGCGUUUAUUAGAAUGAGUGUGAGUGUGGAACUAGAGGUGACCAAAAUAAGUGGGGUUCUUCCUCUGGUGAGCAGGAAAGUUUUAGAAAAUACACGGUAAGCCAUAUCUAAGUCUUACGGUGGUUCAUCUUCUGGGGAGCUGGACUAUGCUUUAAUUUAUAAAAGAAACUAUACUAAUCCUAAUGGAUUGUAUUUGAAUGAAUGGGCUGUACUUUAAUGUUUUAUGGUUCAAAUACAACAAUCAUGGAGUCAUUAAGAUCAUUAAGUAUUCAUCCUCUGGUGACAAAGCUUACACAGUAUUAUACAGCAUUCCUGAUUCAUAGCUAUAUCAUAUCAAUAUAAAAUUGAUCAUUCAGCCUGAGUGUGGCACUAGGGGUGAACAAAAUGGAGGUUUUAGCCAAUUAUUGGCUGCAACUUUAGGUGGUUCAUCUUCUGAGGAGCUGGAAUACACUUUAAUUUAAUAGAGAACUACCUUCUGGAUUUCAUUUGAAUGCGUCGGCUGUAUUAUAGACGGUUCAUGGUACAAACACAACAAUCAUGGAGUCAUUGAUCGUUAGGAUUCAUCUUCUGGGGACCACAAAUACCAACAAUCAUUCGCUUCAGUGAGAACAUGCUUGUAAUGUUUCACAGUUACUAUGACGUGUUGAUGUUGAUGUUGAUUGUUGUUUGUUUUUUAAAGAAAGGACAAAAGUGCAUUGUAAACAAACAUUCAUUCAUCCAUUCAUCACUUGCAUGGUUGUUUGCUGUGACUCGCGUGAUAUCACGUUCUCGUUCAACUGCCAGAAAUCACAAAUCUGUCGAUAAACGAAUCAAAGAAGAAUCAAAUCAUAUCAUCUAUUAAAGAUAGAAAAAAAAUCUAUAUUUUCACCAAUUUUUAUGAACUUACUUAUUGUAUAUUAAAAAACACACAUUGGAAGUUAAAACAAAGUGAAUGUAAUGGAGACGAGUUUUGAUAAAGACGCACAAACGUUUUCAUUCUGUCGCCUGUUUGUUUGUCCACGAUGAUGAUUCAAGUGUCCUGUUUGAGGAAUGCUCUGUAUUGUGCUGUUAUCGUCUGUGUGACUGUUGUAAAUACGUCAAAUAUUGUGUAUUUUCCGUGAUAUUUUAUUUGCUUUCCUUGUGUAAAUAAGUUUGUCCUAGUACAAUCGGCCUUUUUAUCGACGUGUCCUGGUGAUGAUGAUGAUGAUGAUGUGUAACUCCACUUUUGUGUCACAUUUGUGGUGUUUGAUAUUUCAUUUUUAUGUGUUUUCUUUUGUAAAGUCAACGAAAUAAAAAAGGCUGCAGAUGA